GUGCACUUGCAGGAACACAGUGUAUUAAACUCUGUAAGCAACCAUGCUGGCUGCAAGGCUGGUAUGCCUGAGGGCGUUAUCAUGCCAGACUGUCCGUCCCACCAUUACUCAGGCUUCCCCAGCUUUGAGGAACUCCAAUAUAAAGGCAUACAAGCUGUGGCAACCUAACCAGUGCUAUGCCACAAGAGUAAGAACCGGUGUAAGGCGUGGAAAAAUUGGCCAGGAAAUUAAAGAAGCUGCAUUUGAGCCAUCUGCAGAAACAGCACUUAAAGCUGAUCGCCUAGGGAAAUUUAUUGUUGCUGGAGGGGCUGCUGUUGGCUUGGGGGCCCUCUGUUACUAUGGAAUGGGCAUGUCCAGUGAGAUUGGAGCUAUUGAAAGAGCUGUUAUUUGGCCACAGUACGUGAAAGACAGAAUUCAUUCUACCUACAUGUACUUUGCGGGAAGCAUUGGCUUGACAGCGCUGUCAGCUGUAGCAGUAAGCAGAUCUCCGGCACUCAUGAGCCUUAUGACAAGAGGCUCCUGGCUGGUAAGCUUAAGUUAUGAAAAUAAAAGUCAUUUACUGAGAAAGACCCCAAAUGUGAUGCUUGAUAGAAAAAUUGUGAAAG